AUGUCGCGCUUCGUCUCCGCGGGCGCGAUCAACGCCGAGACGGGCGAGGCCACCGCGGCCGCCGCCGGCGAGCAGGCUGUCUUCACCGGCGCGGGGGGCGAGGCGCCCAAGAAGAACGCCGAGUGGGAGGCCGUGCAGAAGGAGCUCGAGGCGGACAGGAGGCGGAGGGAGGAGGCGCGGGUCAAGGCCGUGGAGGGCGGGGAGAGGAGUCUGUAUGAUGUCUUGCAGGCCAAUAAAGCCGCCAAACAAGCCGCCUUCGAGGAGCAGAACAAGAUCAAGAACCAGUUCCGGCCGUUGGACGACGACGAGAUUGAGUUCCUGGACGACGUGAGGGAGGCGAAGAGGAAGGAGGAGGAGAGGGUGAGGAGGGAGACGGAGGAGGGGAUUGCCAAGUUCCGGCGGGCGCAGACGAAGAGGCCUGGUGGUGGCGAGGGGGAGGUUGAGGAUGAGGGUGGUGUUGAGAAGGGAGGUGAGGGGGGCGAAGAGGAGUGGGCUGUCGGGCCGAGGAAGAGGAGGAGGAAGGAGAGGGGGUUUGGGGUGAAGAGGGAGAAGGUCGAAGGUGGUGAUGGGAAGGGAGAGGAGAAGACGGCGGAGGGGAAGAAGGAGGAGGUUGUGAAGGAGACGCCUAAGGCGAGUCCGCCUGCGAAGCUCAAGGUUGGGCUUGUUGCGUAUGAAUCUGAUUCUGACGAUGAUUGA